AGGUAGUAUUCAGUGAUGUUUCACGUACAAACCGAAUGGAUGAAAUUAACACAUUGAUCAUUACAUACAAAUCUAUAAGUGUUCCUUUUAUGUUUCAUCUUCCCUCUUGCGGCAACAUGCUAUGAAUGAAUGAAAUGUCUACCCGCAAAGGGUUGAAACAGAAAUGGCCAAUUAGCUAUAGUUAACGUUCUUGCUAGUACUGUACCAGACAUCAAAGCUGCUCGACAGAAGUUCAGCAUAUGGGAGCGGAAAGGCUGGUUCCGUGUGUUUUCGUAACAGUUGAUGACACAUAAUGAACUAGUUUCUAAUAUUUAGCGCAUUUUACGAUACAGUAAACAGUUUUCGUACGUGUAUUUUGUGAUCUAGCUCACAAGACGAAACUAAACAAUGGCUCUUGGAAAUAUCCAUCGGAAAAAACAUUAAAAGAGAUUUUCCAAAUAUGCCACGCCCCAUAGGAGAUGCCCCCGGAACGGGUAGGAGCAUCAUAAGUAAACCAGCUCGUGGAUGGCUGCAUCCUGAUCAACUCAUAACUAAAGAAGGAAUUACGUAUGCAGUAAGAUACAUCGGAUGCUUGGAAGUUAACACUUCUAUGAAGAGCCUGGACUUUGACACACGAUCCCAGGUUGCCAAGGAGUGCAUCAACAGAGUAUGUGAGGCUGCUGGACUUAAAACUGCUGAUAAAAAAAGGAAGGCUGAGAAGCGUGUUCAGCGUGCUAUUGCAGAGCAUCCAAUCAUGGAGCAUGCUGGGGCAAACGUGAAUCUGACAAUCUCAAGCUGCGGCCUCGUACUAACAGCGCUAGAGUCAGGGCGUGUUAUAGCACGGCAUGAUAUGCCUCGCAUUUCAUUUGCAUCUGGCGGUGACACGGACACACUGGACUUCGUUGCAUAUGUUGCAAAAGAUCUGCAUGACUGGCGAGCCUGCUAUGUGUUGGAGUGUGGAGGAGGCUUGGCACAAGAUGUGAUCACAAGCAUUGGACAAGCAUUCGAACUUCGAUUCAAGGAGUUCCUCACCAUGCCUUCCAAUCAGUGUGCCUUGAAUGGUGCUGACCAGGACUACUACAACGACUUGCCAGGUAAGAUUCCUCCAGAAGCUGGUCCACCUCCAGUUCCUCCUCUGCCAAACCUGCACCCUGCUCUGAGUCUUGCCUUUGCGAGUACUGGGGCUGUGGCCACAGCUGUUACGAGCACUGCGUCAUGUCCAGCCACCAGCGAGACUGUCACGCGGGAUCAUCAGCACCCUGUGGUACAGCGAACACAGAGCGAUAGAGUUGCUGGUGGUGCUUGUAAAGAUGGUUUUACGAGCAAUUUGAUCGAUCUGAACUGUGAAGUUGCUCCUCCUCCGAUGCCUGUGCCGAGACGGGAGCAUGACUAUGUUAAUGAUAUGGUGAUGAGCAGCAGUCGGGAUGUUUUUGACAUGCAGCCAUUUAGCGUUGCUGUAUCAUCUGAGAUUCUGGCACCUGCUUCCCAGAGGGUGCAGCUUCAACGGGAAGUUUGGUUCCAUGGCCCUGUGAGUCGGCAUGAGGCUGAGACCUUGCUUACACGGGAUGGAGACUUCUUGGUACGGGAAUCACAGGGUUCCCCUGGGCAGUAUGUAUUAACAGGGAUGCAAGGGGGGCUCAAGAAACAUCUUCUCUUAGUAGACCCAGAGGGAGUGGUGAGGACAAAGGAUCGCAUGUUUGAGAGUGUGAGUCACCUCAUUAACUAUCACUGUGAGAAUGAGCUUCCCAUUAUAUCUGCGGAGAGUGCUCUAGUUCUUCGGCGACCUGUGCACCGGAAUCGCCAGCUGUAAAAUAAAAUACUGCAGACCACUACUAUGCUGGGAGGUUAUGUGUUGAGCGCUCAACUAUCUUGCUGUAAGUCUGACAGACAAGGAUACUAGGAAACAUGAAACUUUCUGUAAUGACUGUUCUACAUGGAUGGUGGUUGGCUGUGAUCAGUGAUGAAGCUGUAAGAUGGAUCUGAAAAGUGCUACUGUACAUGUGAAAUUAGCCAUGCUAGCAGUAUGUCUGUCAUCACAACGUUAAGACUGGUGAGGGCACUUUGGUCGAGAAAUAAAUAGAGACAUUGUAAGAAGUGUCCUGAGGGGUUGCAGAAAAGAAGGGAGAAGUAUACCUCGCUUUUUGUGUAUAUGGAAGUCCUGCAAAUUAAGGAACUAUCUGCAUUUAUCCUUAAGAAUGUUACUAGUUGUAAUGUGAAAGCAAGAAAAUAGUUUGAGUAAUUGGCAGGUGGGGCGACCACUUAUAUUCUCCAUCUUUUAAAUGUAAAACAGUUAGAGGCCCACAUAUGUAAACAUGUCAGUAAUUGGAAGGGUUCAAACAUUUGUACAAACCUGCAUUGAUAGCAGAACAGUAAACAUCAUCAGCAGCAGAAGUAAAGGAGCUUUGAUGUGUAUUAUUCCUUGAACCACCUGGAAAAUUGAAGUUUGGAGUGUUCUGGGAUGUGACGCCCAGUAAUUUGGUAGAAAAUAACCCUGAAAAUAGUGGUAGCAGACAGCAGUUUACUCCCAGACACUGGUGCUGCAGUUGACUGGAUAAGCUGAUCGCUUAUUCAGAGGUUAUAAGGAGAUAAGACAUCUAAUAGUGUUUAUUGUACUACACAGUCCAUGAACAAUGCAACAAAUUGUUCCUUCUUUCUUACACUCACAUUGAACACAUGUUUCGGCCCUAAGUGGCCAUUUUCAGGUGUCUUACUGUGCUGAAACUGCUACACUACACUGAUAUUGUCCAUUUGUUGCAUUUGCAACUGCACGCUUCAUGGAUUAAAACUUCAUACUGGUAGUCAGUUGGUAUGUGCUAAAAUAGCACACGCUGUUGUUCACUUAAUUUUGAUCAAAAUGAAAUUAAAAUUUUGUACUAAAAUUUUCUAUUAUAAUUUCUUUUAAAUGUUGUAAAAUUCUUAUUAUACCUCACAAGGGGCUACAUAUACUUGUUUUGAUCUGUAUCCUUUACUUCAGAUGUGUAAUGCGGAAGCUUGUUUUUCUAUUCGCAAGCCCAUUGUUGUGUUACAUCUGCAGUCUGUGAUUUUGCUUUUGCUUUUGCGUUGUUCCCUCUAGCAGCGUGUGGUGUCAUCUUCACAUGAUAUACAUACCAAGUCUUGUGACUGUCAGUCCAGGCAUUUCAAUAAUAUUCUUGGUAUUACCUGAACAAUUUGAGAGGCAGUAGUGUUGGUGUUAGUGAUGAGAGGGAUAUAUGAUGUAUGCCAUUGAAAUUGGCUCAGGUGGCAUGAUAUAUGUACCAAGUUCCAAGACAAUCGGUUCGGGCAUUUAAGUAUCGUUAAGAUUAUUACCACGACAGUUUGAGAGGCUGUAAUAUUGGUAUUACUGAUUGAAGGGUUUUAUGAAAUAUGCCUUUGAGAUGGCUUCAUGUGGCACGAUAUGCAUACCAUAUUUCAUGAAGACUGGAACAGGUAUUCAAGCAACAUUAAGGUAUUGCCUCAGAAAUUUGAGAGUCUGUAAUGUUGAUAUUACUGAUGUGAGGGAUUUAUGAAUUAUGCCAUUGAAAUGGGCUCAGGUGCCAUGAUUUGCAUACCAAUUUUCAUAAAGAAUGAUUUAGCCAUCACAGUUAAUAGGGAUGAAUACUCAGACAGCAAAGUGAUCUCAUAAGUCUACUUUUACCUUUUCAGAAUAAGAAAAGUAGGCUAAAAAUACUCUGGAGGAAUGGAAGAUCUGUGCCACUGAACUGGCCUUGGGAAGAGCUGUAACACAGUUUGAUAAAAUUACCUUUGUGUUGACAGUUAACAUGUAACGUCAUAUCAGCACAUUAUGUCUGGCAAAUGAUGUGGCAUAUCCUGUAACUCAAGCGUUUUAAAUAAAUUACAAUUUGAAGAAGGGUACUAUCUUCUGGAAUGCAGUUCCAUGUAAUCUUAUCAGUGAAUUUUCCACUGCAAUAUUGAAUAGCAGAG